CCGCAUUGCCUCGUUGAUGCAGUCCCCGAACUGACUGCGCCUAUUCCGGUGUUCUAAUUUGACCGUUUGGCCCCUGGGCUAAACAAUCAAAUUAGCCUAAAUUCACCCGAUUAGCCUAAAUUCACCCAAUAUUGUGGGUUUAUUGGGAGAUCUUGUACUUGUGGAUAUUUAUUCUAUACUUUGAGUAGCAGAUAUUCUGUAGCAGAAUGGGAAGAACUGGAAUUUAUUCACUAUUUUCAGCAAAAACAUACCCACUCAGAUGAAAUAAAUAGUACAGUAUAUGGACAUGGAUGGGUCUGAUAUAUGUGUUUUUGUCUUUCAGCAUUCUACAAUCAAUACCCGGUGGAGGACAUCAUAAUCCAGAGCCAACCACCGAAGCUUCAAGCCAACACCUGGUCACAACAAUUCGUGUCCUUCUUGGAGUUGUGUCUGAAGAAGGACCCUGCGGAGCGAUGGAGCGCUGAGAUACUCCUGCAGCCCCCCUUCAUCACUGGACUGCCGCCUAAGACGAUCAUCAGGGCUGAGAUUCAGCAACACCUUCAGGCUCAGCAGAAGCGGCCGGCCAAGAGGGGAUCCAUUGUAUCUAGAGUGAAGGGAGCAGCUCUCUGGGCCAGGGAACAGCUGCGUCGCACUUGUUACUUCUGUGCACACAAGACCUUGGCAGAAGAAAAAGCGGCUCAACAAAUGGCACUGAAGGGCUUUCCUUGUUAUUGAUCCUGUAGCCAAUAACAUCUAAAGCCCAGAUGUUAGUGGGUGGGGGGCAAUUUGUUAGGCACCCACCAUUGACUAUAACUUUGCCCCAGCACAUGCGCCUUGGUGCUACUGAAAGGUUCUCCUGUGUUUUCAAAUGCUAAAGUGUCAUUGGUAGGAAAGGCAAUUGGGCCUGUUUUCAGCAUUGGCUGGUAAACCAAUCAGGUCUGCAGGCAAACCAAGCUCAGCACCCUUUAGAAUCACUAUGGACGUUAUAUGGUCUCUCCU